AGGUAAGGCUGUCGAGAGCCCUCUGCUCCUGGAGAGAGAGGGGCGUGGAUGCCUUCUUCCAGUCUCCAGCGUCGGGGAACUUCGCCAACCCCAGCAGCCUCGUCCGCACUCGCUACGAAGCGCCCGGCAAGAGACGGCGUCGGGUGGAGAGGAAGAGGGCGCGCCGGGAUCGCCAAGGGAGGAACCCAAGCCCGACGUGGGGCUGCCGCUUGCCCGAGGGCUCGCCGCCGCGCACAGCUCUCCCCCCACCCCAGCCCGAGGGUGGGGUUUGCUCGCCUCUCCUCCGCCCCAGCUCUCCACUCCGCCCCCUUUCCUGGAAGUCCCCGCGCUGCUUCGCGAGCCACGAUCGAGGCGCAGCGGCUGCCAGCUUUGCGCGGUGCCCGGUGCUGCGCGUGCAGAGUCGUCGUCUCCUGCUGGCUUCGCUGCUCCGGAAGGCUGCGCGCCCCGCGCUUGGAUCGCCGCCCCGCGCCUCCUAAAGCUGCCCGGCCGAUUCUUUCCGCCUCGGCUGCGCGCGCGCGGAGGAGGAGAAGCAGCAGCAGCAGCAGCAGGAGCUGCGACGGCGACGGCGGCGGCGGCAGCAGCGCCUCGGAUCUUUGCGCCGCGGACAGCAUGACGGAGGUGAUGAACACACGCGAACCUGUUAUGGAGGAAUUUACCUUGAGCCAGCCUGAGGAAGAAGGAGGCACCUCCAGCCAGGCUUUUCCAGAGGCACACGAAAAGUACCCCAAGCUGUCGAAAAGAUUACCCUCCAUUGUGGUGGAGCCAUCCGAGACAGGGGAUGUUGAAAGCGGAGAGCUUCGUUGGCCACCGGACGACCUGAAAUCCAUGGAGGACAAGAAGGCUCUUGCUGCGCAGAGGGCUCAACAGCAGAAAAUGGAUCUUGAAAGUGCUUCGCCACAUCAGGACAUGGGAGACAGUACAGAAUCCGGUGAAACCAGAACUGAGGGUGAUGACUGAGGAACUUCAUUCAGUGGGCCAGAAGUCGGAGAUUUGGUGUGAACUUAAUCAGAAAGCUAGCAUAUUCUGAAGACAUGUCAGAGUGAUCUAUUUAAAAAUUGCAAAAGGGUUUUUUUUCCUUAAAAAAAAAAAGUUAGUAUGUGACCAGGAAUUUGUAGGCUUUAGAACUGUUCCUUUCAAAAAGUUUACCUUUUUAGGCUGGCGUUCAUAUCAUUUAAAUCUCCUUUGGGAGGAAGCGGAUCGCAUUGCGGAAAUACAUUCCAGUGAUUAUUAAAGUAAACACGAAACAUGUAAA